AAAUCGGAUACGUGGUGUUGCGACGGUGUACCCUAAUUACGCUAAUCGAAGGAGCGGGCGCGGUAGCGGGAGCGGAGCGAGAGCUGAGCGGGCUCGCACGUGGCGGGCUCAGGUGCGCCCCGCCCCGCUCGCCCCGCCCGCCGCUGCUUUGACGCCGCGUCAACUCAGCCGCUCACCUCGUCGUCAGACGCGCGCUGCACUCGACGCUCGAACGCCGGGAAAACACGAGUCGUUUUUCGCCGCGUCGACACGCACCGAAGUUUUCCGAAUUUUGAAGUUCGAUUGUUGAAUAGACUGUUACGGUCGUAUUUGAUUUUCGUAGAUUCUGUUGUUUUAUGAUUCUUAUUUUUUUUUUGGUAAAUUAAUAUAUUUUUUUCUGUGAAAAGUGUCUGCGAAUAAACUUGUGGGAUGUUUUGUGAUUUUAUCAGCGUUACGAUUGGUUGUGAUUUUUCGUAAAGUUGCUGGCUGUUGGUCACUCUAAAACUUUCUUGGAGUCCAUCAAUCAAGCUCCACUCUACGGGGACAAUUGAAACGGACCGCGAACAUCAGUAGCACUUAACAUGUCCAACUAGACUAUUCAGUGCUCGUCCAAACGAUGACAAGUACCGAGUGAUCUUGAGAAGAAGGAUAAAACAUACUGUUAUCGAUGAACGAAUUAAAUUAUAACGCUGGGAUGAGCUCCUACCAGUUCGUCAACUCGCUUGCUUCCUGCUAUGGGAACCAAGCGCCUGGGCGUACUGGUACGCCCGUCGAACAAAGCGGUCAUCCUGGUCUACCUACACCAGGAGCCGACUACUACAAUCCAAAUGCAGCAGCUUCGGCCUAUCCGAAUGCUUGCUAUUCGCCGCCGCAAGUUGGGCAUCAUUACCCACAACAUCCGUAUGGGACACCGGCUGCAGGCGCGCACAUGCAGCCCCAAACAAUGAUAGACUACACGCAGUUACACCCUCAGAGACUGGGAAGCACUGCUAGUCAUAUGCAUCAGCACUCGAACCCGAGCCCUGGAGCUUUAUCUCCUAACCUGAUGUCCACUCCGCCCAGCCAAGCUGCUGGAGCCAGUUGUAAAUUCGCGGACUCGACUUCUACAACUGGAGUGGCAUCUCCUCAGGAUCUCUCCACAUCUUCUGGACCGGGACGAACAUCCCCCGGUUUUGGCGUCGGACAGAACUCAAGUGGAACUACAAGCACUAAGCUAGGACUGACUACGCCUAUUGCUUCGCCUGUGGAACACAAGGCUAACGUGAAUCAGAAUAUAUCGAGCCCAGCCUCGAGCACAUCAAGCAACGAAAGCAAUGAGGCUAAUAACUCUAGCUCAAAUACUAAGAAUUCAAAAUCGUCGGCGUCGAACUCACAAGCGAAUCCGCCGCAGAUUUAUCCCUGGAUGAAGCGUGUUCACCUUGGACAAAGUACGGUGAACGCCAACGGCGAGACCAAGCGUCAGCGGACGUCGUACACCCGGUACCAGACGCUCGAGCUGGAGAAGGAGUUCCACUUCAACCGGUACCUGACGCGGAGGAGACGGAUCGAGAUCGCGCACGCGCUCUGCCUCACCGAGCGCCAGAUCAAGAUCUGGUUCCAGAACCGCCGCAUGAAGUGGAAGAAGGAGCACAAGAUGGCGUCCAUGAACAUAGUGCCGUACCAUAUGAAUCCGUACGGCCACCCCUACCAGUUCGACCUUCACCCCAGUCAGUUCGCGCACCUCUCCGCAUAGGAUCAGUGGAAUUUUUCGAACAGCGGAUAACUGAUUUAUUAAUGUAGACAGUCGUCCGCAACGCGGGGUUGCGUGUAACAUCUUGGCAAGCUUCGAUGUUACAGCAACCAGACUGGGUCAGUUAUUCGCUGUUCGAAAAAUUUCUAAAGUGUAGUCUAAUUUUGUUAUUGUUAUUGUGACGUUGCAAGUGACGAAGACAGUGUUUGUGAAAGAUUGUGUGCUGAAGGACCGGAGUGAUGAAGGAGAGUGCAAUGUGAAGAAUACGAAUAUGAAUAUAACAUUAAAGGUUUAUUCCAGUUUUUCAUACCUGUACGCAUGAAACGAAAUCAUUAAAAUUUCUUGUCACAAAAUGUAUAAACAUUAACUAAAAUGGUGUUAAAUUAAAAGUAGAAUUGAAUUUUACCUAGUCAUAAGCUGUAUCGAUUUGCAUUAUUCGUAAUACUGUAAGAUGAAACAACUGAAUACCGAUAUUAUGUAUUUUGUGGUGGCUAGAGAGUGUUUGCAAUGAAACAAGUGACAGCUCAGACUGCGAACACGUAAGAAAUCGUGACACAUCCAGAAUGAUUUGAUGAUGUCGGACGAUUCUUAAUGUAAUGUAAUUCGCAUCAUGAAACUUUAGUUUUCAUCGUAGACACUCUCGAUAUAGUUAAGAUAGACGUUACAGCAUAAGUAGUCAUCACAAGAAUAAAACAAAUUCGGAAUUGUACAGGGAUAGCGUAAUGGCGAACGAACAACAUGUUGUUAAAGACAAAAUGUAUCAGAAAAUAUUAUAUUUAGGUCAUUUCAUAAUCUAGUAUUGAAUAGUUAGAGAGGGCUUGUAAAAGCGCUGUGAAAUAAAUAAAUAAGCUCAGUUAUAGAAUGUGAAUAGGUGAUUCCUUCCUAUUAAUGUAAAUAACUUGUCAUUUAGAAGUACGGUGAAAAAUUAAUAUAUAUCAGUAUGUGUCCCGAACUGUAUUAUGUUCCUGUCCUUAGUUAGUAAAUAACAAAGUAUUUAUCUCACUAUAAAUACGUAUAGUUAACCUUAUAAGUAAUAAUUGAUAGUGAUUUUUUAAUGUUUCCACAAACGAUACCAUUUUAAAAUUUUCAUGUGGCUCUAUUGCGUACUAUAAAGUCUUUAAUGUCGUAUUUGUAAAAUGUACUUAAUAAUGCUAGUGAUAAAACUUUUACCUUCAAUCUUCAGUUAUUAAGAUAAUUAUUUGAAAAUAUCAGUUGUUAGAUAACCUUAUUUAAUAUCAAAAUUUUACUUUACUAAAAUAAUGUAUCUGACACCCUUACAAGGUUAUUGUAUCUGUUCGUGUCAAGCAACCCACGUGUUGCCACACUACCUAACCUUGUCAGAGCGUCCAAUGAUAAAUUAAUGAUGUUCGAUAAUUUGACCUUUUGAUUUAUAAAUCGUCGCUUAAAUUUUUGUUGUCACAUUUUUAUUAGAAAACGUCGUGGUCAACUGUGAUAUUUUGUUAAAUUUUAAUUCUUAAGUGAAAACAGCGCGAUUUGAGUAUAUUUGAUUUUAUUUCAAGAAGUAUGUUUGUAUUGCUUUUUCGAUUGGUACAUUUGUUGCUUUAUUUAUUGUUUGUAAAUAUUAGAUAACAUAGUGUAAACUAAAAUGUUCAAAUUCUUAAGUAAUUAAUAUGUCAUUUAUUUCUUUUGUAAAAAAUUCUGUGCAAUAGGAAGUGGCCUGACUAAUUCUGUUUCUCAUCAUUUUGUAAAAUACUUUCCUCUUAAUUUAGUUAUGUUAUUUCUUUAUUAACUAAUAAAAUAACGUUUAUCGUUCAUUCCAGUUUAAAUGAGGACUCUAGUAAAGUAUGCUACUGAUCAUUUAAAUUAUUGUAUUGUAUUAAUAAAGUGUAUUAAAUUUGAAAAAUUGGUGAAGAUGAUAAAAUAAAUUAUGAUGAUAAUAGAGCGUUUUAUUGUAGAUGAUGUUGCUUAAUUUAAUGGAAAUUACCAAUGUGUUAAUCGUGGGCUUCCAAUUUAAGUCUCUAACUAUAUUUUUGUCUUGAAACCAAUCUUAGUAUAACCCAAAACAUAUUUAAUGAACAUUACUUGAAACAUAGUAAAAUUUAUUGUUCUCAAAGUAAACUACCGUCACUCAAACUCAUGAGCAUUCAUAGAUACUUAGGCAUGCGUCAUUGGUGAGUCUCUUUAUCUUCAAGAAGCAGACUUUGAAAACCUCAAAAGUACUUUUUAUUUCAAACAUUCAAUUUAAAAGAGACGAUCAUCACAAGCGAAGAUCUUUCAUCAUGACUACACACCCUACCGAACCAGAUCAACUCACAAUCAACAAACAUUCAUCCCAAACAAAUGAUCUAAAAUAGUUAAAACACAAUAUCACCAAUAGAAAGUAUCGAACUAUUCGUACGUAGCGCCAGUGAGACGCCAUUGCCUCCCUGAUGGUAUUGAGCGAUGAUAAAUGAGCUUAGCAAUGACAUGACAGCCGAACCUGCUAGGGGCGCCAGCAGCUUACCACGUGCCAACAAAAGAGUGUCGAAAAAUGUGAAGGUUGCCUUACUUUGUAGGUCGCGGAGGCUGUUCCUAUAAAUCAUACUGUCGGAAUAUUUCGCUUUAUACAAUGUUGUGAUGGUAGCUGGCACUGAAAGGUUUAAACGAUCAAAUUGGUUGUGUUGUGUGGAUAUCGAUUGUUAUUUAAAACGGAAGCAGGUUCUGUUAUAGUAUGAUUUAAACUGAAUCAAAUCGUUUUGGUGUAGAA